AUGUACAGCACCGACUCUGGGAUCCAGUCCGGAGCCACUACUGUGCGCGAUGAUGACAAUUCAGACUACACCACCAGCAAACACUACACCAUGACCACCACCGUGACCAGCCAGGACCCCGGCGAGAUCGAUGCACAGUACGCUCUCACCAGGACCCAGAGAAUACGAGCGGCCAUGUUUCCCGAGACCCUGGAGGAGGGCACAAAGAUCCUGUCCACUCAGACCGACCCGUCCCAGAUGACCAACGUCCAGAGACUCGCCGAGCCCUCACAGAUGCUGAAGACCGCCAUCAUCCACCUCAUCAACUACCAAGACGACGCAGAGCUGGCCUCACGCGCUAUCCCUGAGCUCACAAAACUGCUCAACGAUGAAGACCAGGUUGUGGUCGGUAAAGCGGCCCAGAUUGUGAACCAGCUGACCCGUAAAGAGGCCUCUCGGCGCGCGCUGAUGCAGUCUCCACAGAUGGUGGCUGCCGUGGUGAGGGCUAUGCAGAACACCAGCGACAUGGAGACAGCUCGCGCCACGGCCAGCAUCCUCCACAACCUGUCCCACCAGAGAGAGGGCCUGCUGUCCAUCUUCAAGUCCGGCGGCAUCCCGGCUCUUGUGCGCAUGCUCAGCUCCCCCAUGGAGUCCGUGCUCUUCUACGCCAUCACCACACUGCACAACCUGCUGCUGCACCAGGAAGGAGCUAAGAUGGCCGUGCGAUUGGCCGACGGGCUGCAGAGGAUGGUGCCCCUUCUGAAGAAGAGCAACCCCAAAUUUCUGGCCAUCACCACAGACUGUCUGCAGCUGCUGUCCUACGGCAACCAGGAGAGCAAGCUCAUCAUCUUGGCCAAUGGAGGUCCCGAGGGUCUGGUCCACAUCAUGAGAACCUAUAACUACGAGAAGCUGCUGUGGACCACGAGCAGAGUCCUCAAAGUGCUGUCUGUUUGCCCCAGUAACAAACCCGCCAUAGUGGAGGCCGGUGGGAUGCAGGCCUUGGGGAAACACCUCACUGGUGGGACUCAACGUUUGCAGCAGAAUUGUCUGUGGACCCUCAGAAACCUUUCGGACGCCGCAACAAAACAGGAGGGCAUGGACAGUCUCCUGCAGACGCUGGUUGGCCUCCUCAGCUCCGAUGACAUCAACAUGCUGACCUGUGCCACCGGCAUCCUCUCCAACCUCACCUGCAACAACGCCUACAACAAGAGCCUGGUAACCCAGAGCAACGGUGUGGAGGCUCUGAUCCACGCCAUCCUGAGGGCCAGCGAGAAGGAGGACGUCACCGAGCCCGCUGUGUGCGCACUGCGUCACCUGACCUCCCGGCACCAGCAGGCUGAGCUGGCACAGAACGCAGUCCGCAGACACUACGGCAUCCCCGCCAUCGUCAAACUGCUCAACCAGCCCUACUACUGGCCCGUCAUCAAGGCAGCAGUUGGCUUGAUCCGUAACCUGGCCCUGUGCCAGGAGAACCAGGCCCCGCUCAGAGACUCUGGCGCGGUCCCUCGCCUGGUGAACCUGCUGCUCAAGGCCCACCAGGACGCCCAGAAGCACAACUCCUCCAGCGCACAGACCUAUCAGGAUGGAGUGAGAAUGGAGGAGAUUGUGGAGGGCUGCACUGGAGCUCUGCACAUUCUGGCCAGAGACCCAGUCAACAGGGCAGAGAUCGCCAACCUGCAGGCCAUCCCUCUGUUCGUCCAGCUGCUGUAUUCUCCAGAGGACAACGUGAAGCGGGUGGCGGCCGGCGUCCUGUGUGAACUGGCUCUGGACAAAACCUCGGCUGAGAUCAUCGACAGUGAAGGCGCCUCCGCUCCGCUCAUGGAGCUGCUGCACUCCAACAACGAGGGCAUCGCCACUUAUGCUGCUGCCGUGCUCUUCCGCAUCUCUGAAGACAAAAACUCUGAUUACAAGAAGCGCGUGUCUGUGGAGCUCACGCACUCGCUGUUCAAGCACGACCCCAGCGCCUGGGAGCAGGCUCACAACUCUGCUCCCAUGGAGGAACUGUAUCCAGACGAGAUGGAUGCAGGUUUCCAAGGUUACGGAUACCCCGGUGACAUUCCCAUGGACAGUAUGGACGGCAACAUGAUCCACAGGGGCUUUAAGUCCUUAAAGAGACCUGGAGGAAGAAAUCGUCCGACGAGCUGA